AUGGCGAACGACGACGGCGAUUAUGAAUACGAGCAAGACGAGCAGCAGGAGCAAGAAGGAGACAACUCGGAUGACGAGAACAACGAAGCCCGCUCCUCGGACUCGGAUUCCGAGUCCGAGUACAGCGAAGACGACUACACCGCCGUCGAAUCCGCCGACGGGACGGUCUCGUACGUCCGCCCUGGCGACGAGAUACCGGAGUCGCUGAACACUCCGGAGAUCAACAUCCCCCGCUUCAAGGCCUUGCUGGACAGCAAGGCGAUGAAGAAAAUGGAGGAGGAAGAGGACCGGGACUACGUCGUGUGGGAGGACAUUUGGGAUUUCCCUCCCGAUAGGGAGAAUUGGAAGGAAGAGGAUUUGCAGGAGCUCUGGGCGGAUGCUCCGGUGGGCAUGACCAAGCCCGGUUGGGACCCGGCUUUGGCUGACGAAGAGGAUUGGAAAGUUGUCAAGGAAGAGAUGAAGGAAGGGAGAGACCCCCACAUUGAGCCGUUUUAUGUUCCUUACAGGAAGCCUUAUCCUGUUAUCCCGGAUAAUCACUACGAUAUCCAGACUCCGAAAGGUGUGAUUGAGGAAUUGGAUAGGAUUGAGGAGUUCCUCACUUGGGUUAGCUACGUUUUCGAAGAUGGAAGCACGUAUGAAGGCACUGUCUGGGAUGACCUGGCUCAUGGGAAAGGUGUCUAUGUAGCAGAAGAAGGCCUAGUCAGAUAUGAAGGUGAAUGGCUUCAGAAUGACAUGGAGGGUCAUGGAGUUUGUGAAGUUGAUAUACCUGAUAUAGAACCUGUGCCAGGUUCCAAGCUUGAAGAAAAGAUGCGUGCCGAAGGACAAAUAAUUGGAAGAGAUUUUAUGUCACCAGAAGACAGAAAAUGGCUGGAGAUGGAUGUAGAAGACAGCAUGCAAUUGGCAGGUGGACAGUAUGAGAUACCCUUUUAUGAGAAUGAGGAGUGGAUCAAACAAUUUGGCAAGAAACCGGACAAAGGACGAUAUCGAUAUGCUGGCCAAUGGAAGCAUGGCAGGAUGCAUGGAUGCGGUGUCUAUGAAUUGAACGAGCGUAUCUUAUAUGGAAGGUUCUAUUUUGGAGAGUUUGUAGAGGAAGCAACCGAUUGCACUGAAGAGAUUUCAGGGAUGCAUGCAGGAAUAGCAGAGGUAGCUGCUGCAAAGGCUCGAAUGUUUGUGAACAAGCCAGAUGGAAUGGUCAGGGAAGAAAGAGGUCCAUUUAACGACCCACAACACCCAUACUUCUAUGAAGAUGAAGAUGUGUGGAUGGCCCCCGGUUUCAUUAACCAGUUCUAUGAAGUCCCUGAUUACUGGAAAAGAUAUGUGCAAGACGUCGAUCAAGAGAGAGAAAUGUGGUUAAAUUCCUUUUACAAGUCUCCACUGAGGUUACCUAUGCCUGCUGAGCUUGAGUACUGGUGGUCACAAGAUCAGAAGCCUGAAUUUGUUGUUCUUAGCAAGGAACCAGAAACAGAUUCGAAGGACCCAUCGAAGCUCAUCUAUACUGAGAAUCCUGUCAUCUUACACACACCAACUGGGCGUAUAAUUAAUUUUGUGGAGGAUGAAGAACAUGGUAUCCGCAUGUUUUGGCAGCCAGCAGAUGGGGAAGAUGCAGACCCCAGUAAACUUCAGUACUUGCCCUUGGGGUUUGAUGAAUUUUAUGGGAAGGAAAACGACGAGCAAAAAGAAACAAAGCAGCAGCGUGUUCUGGCAUCAGUAGAGAAUGCGGCGAAGCAGAUGAUUGAUAACCUGGACAAAUGGGCGGAAGAAAAGACGAAAGAUUAUGAAAUGAAAAAAAAACUGAUUGAAAAAGAACUCGAACUAUCGGAGGCCGAAAUACUUCUGGAAGACGCAAUUGAUAGCAUUGAUGAGGAUUUGGAGUUGGAAGAGAUAGAGGAAGAAGAAGAAGAGGAGGUAGGGAAUGAGAAAGAACCUGUGGAUGAAGCUGAAAAGGCUGAAGUUGUUUCUGAAGAUAAGGUUUCAUAUGAGAGAAAAGAUAUUUCUCCCUUGUCUAAACAAGACAAGGAGCCUUUAACUGAUGAUGAUGGUGAAGUAGAAGAUGAGGUGGAAGAUGAAGAGGAAGAAGACGAUGCUCCACCGUCGAGUUUUGGCUUUGUAACUCAAUCUGAUGAACCGAAACAGAACGGCCAGAAAGGAAAUGGACCCGGGCGGUCUCCUUUCUCCACAGCAUCAUUGUUAUUCACAUCUUGCAGCCUGCUUUCAACAGUUCCAUCAAGGCUACAGAACACCUUUGUGGGCAGAAGUGACAGAAAAUUGCAAGUGCAGCCGAGGAAUCCUUGCUCGCAUUCGAGGGAACCCAGCAGCAGGCCCUCGAAAAUGGUGAGGUUCCCUCUUGUUCUUGGUGAGAAGGCAAAGUUAAGAGCUAACAAGAAACCUGCAUCCGAGAAGUUUGGAUCCAGAAACCGGUCCAUGAGGACUGCUUCUUCUCAGUUACUUUCCUUAUCCCGAAUCCUCUCUCGGAAUUCCCCUCCUGCGACAGAGGAAGGAACUAGUUCCAAGAUGCAGAGGGGAGAACAAAGGCAUAGUUGGCUUCAUGCAGCACCAGAGACAGAUUCAGACUGCAUACUGUCGAUCCACACUCGAUUCAGUUUCCCCGAAUCAUAUAGCACCACCGUCGCUACUUCUCCAGUCGUUGGAGAGCCUCCUUGCUCGACAAUGACAUGA